UUCCGGACUGUGCGUUCCACAUACAGGAAGUGAGUUUUCAUCGACUGCUUGCUGCCUCGCAGUGUACGUGGAGAUCAGGGUUACACAGUAGUGAAGAAGAUAUCUGGUGAGUGUGAGACACCCAGCAGCCAUCCUCGUGUGUCAGGCGGACUAAGCACGACCCACAGCCCCAUCACAGUGCCUCCACCUCACUCACUGAUACAUGAGAGACACAGUGACCAGAAGAUCCUGGAACUCACCAACAAGAUCAUUCAGCUGCUGAAAGGAGAGGAGGUGGAGUAUAUAGAGGAACACAAGGGUCUUUACAUGGACGUGAUGAUGGAGAAUCACCGGCCCCUCACAUCACUGGAUGGGCCCAGUAACAGAGAUACCCCAGAGAGAUGUCCCCGUCCCCUGUAUUCCCAGGAUUGUACAGAGGAGAAUCACAGGAUCCCACAGGAGGAUCAGGUAGAACGUCUGUCUAAUAUUAAAACAGAAGAUACAGAGGGAGAAGAAGAGACGUAUGUGACUGAUAUAAAGGCAGAAGAUAUAGAGGGAGAAGAAGAGACGUAUGUGACUGAUAUAAAGGCAGAAGAUAUAGAGGGAGAAGAAGAGACGUAUGUGACUGAUAUAAAGGCAGAAGAUACAGAGGGAGAAGAAGAGACGUAUGUGAGGGGUGAUCAGCAGUGUAAGGAGGAGGAGAUCCCUACAGAUAUCAGCACAGCAGAUGGACACACAAGCAGGAAUAUCUCAGAAGGACGUCUAAUGUUAUCCCCGGAUUGUGACAUAAAAGAUGACAGUAGACAGGAUUCUCCAGGAAAUAAUCCCAUUACCCCAAUUAUACAUCCAGCUCUAUCAUCUGAUCCCCCUGAUCCUGGGAAAUGUUCUCCUGAUCACUCUGAUAUUGGAGCAUUUGUUACAGCUCUGAGAGUAGAUACAGUGUUUCCCUGUUCUAUAGAUGCCAAAUGUUUUACACAGAACACAAAGCUUAUUACCCAUCAGCCAGCUAAGGCAGCUGAGAGGCAAUUUCCAUGUUCUGAGUGUGGAAAAUGUUUUACAUACAAAUCAGCUCUUGUUAGACAUCAGAGAAGUCACACAGGUGAGAGGCCAUUUCCAUGUUCUGACUGUGGAAAAUGUUUUACUUGGAAAUCAUGUCUUGUUACACAUCAGCAAAGUCACACAGGUGAGAAGCCAUUUCCAUGUUCUGAGUGUGGGAAAUGUUUUGGCCGGAAAUCACAACUUGUUAUACAUCAGAGAACUCACACAGGUGAGGGGCCAUUUCCAUGUUCUGACUGUGGAAAAUGUUUUACUUGGAAAUCAUGUCUUGUUAGACAUCAGCAAAGUCACACAGGUGAGAAGCCAUUUCCAUGUUCUGAGUGUGGGAAAUGUUUUGGCCGGAAAUCACAACUUGUUAUACAUCAGAGAACUCACACAGGUGAGAGGCUAUUUCCAUGUUCUGACUGUGGAAAAUGUUUUACUUGGAGAUCAAGUCUUGUUACACAUCAGCAAAGUCACACAGGUGAGAAGCCAUUUCCAUGUUCUGAGUGUGGGAAAUGUUUUGCCCGGAAAUCACAUCUUGUUAUACAUCAGAGAAGUCACACAGGGGAGAAGCCAUUUCUAUGUUCUGAGUGUGGGAAAUGUUUUGCAGACAAACCAGAGCUUGUUAGACAUCAGAGAAGUCACACAGGUGAGAAGCCGUUUCCAUGUUCUGAGUGUGGGAAAUGUUUUGCAGACAAACCAGGGCUUGUUAGACAUCAGAGAAGUCACACAGGUGAGAAGCCAUUUUCUUGCUCUGAGUGUGAGAAAUGUUUUUCACGGAAAUCACAUCUUGUUGAUCAUCAGCGAAGUCACACAGGUGAGAAGCCAUUUCCAUGUCCUGAGUGUGGGAAAUGUUUUGCAGACAAAUUACAUCUUGUUAGCCAUCAGAGAAGUCACACAGGUGAGAAGCCAUUUUCUUGCUCUGAGUGUGAGAAAUGUUUUGCCCAGAAAUCACAACUUGUUAGACAUCAGCUAAGUCACACAGGUGAGAGGCCAUUUCCAUGUUCUGAGUGUGGGAAAUGUUUUGCCCUGAAAUCAGAUCUUGUUAAACAUCAGAGAAGUCACACAGGUGAGAAGCCAUAUUCUUGCUCUGAGUGUGGGAAAUGUUUUACACAGAACUCAUAUCUUGUUAUACAUCACAGAAGUCACACAGGUGAGAAGCCAUUUCCAUGUUCUGAGUGUGGGAAAUGUUUUAGCCAGAAAUCACAUCUUGUUACACACCAGAGAAAUCACACAGGUGAGAAGCCAUUUUAAUCUUCUGGAGUAUACUUAUUAUUGCCAUGCGUUGUUCUUCAAGGUUCUUAUCCUAUGUCCUGUGCUUUUUGCAAUAUACAUGCAACCACUGGGUGAAAUAAUCAGCUGUCAUGCCCUCAUCUACCACUGCCUACAGAUGGUCUGUCUUUUGUUCUGGGUACUGAGAACCCAGUACCAAUCCUAAAUGUCUAGCUGAGCUCCAGGUGUGGGUGUUGCCAGCGGGCUGUGACUUAAUCCAGGUGAAACAGGUCCUUAUGCUAGCUCACCAACAAAGGACAGGGCUACAGCUCAGCUUUGUUACCAACCAGACUUACGCUUGGGGGUUCAGGUUUACAUAAUGCUGAUCCUGUGCAGAAUCUUGGUGUCCUGGAUGGUAGAGUGACACUUAGACAUCAGGUAUCUGCCACAAUCAGAUCCUCAUCUGAGGAACAUAGUCAGACUCCAGCACUUAUUUCCCUCAGAAGAUCUACCUACAGUCAUACAUGCACUUGUAUCAUCACACAUAGACUACUGCAAUGUCCUCUACCUGGGUCUCCCAGCAAAAGAAUUGCACCGCUUGUAGCUUGUACAGAAUGCAGCAGCCAGGCUGUUACCUAACCAGCCCGUUCCUGCCACAUAACACCCAUUCUCUGCUCCCUUCACCGGCUGCCUGUAAGAUGGUGACUCUGGGCCUAAUUCAGGUUGGACUACAGUGUGUGAUCCAAACGGAAUUAUUGAGAAAAACUUGCGGACGCAUGCGCAGCGCCCGUCCUGCGUAUGCACCUGCAUUCUCUACAGGGGGCUGUAGGAA